AUGAAGAGAGCAAUCAGCCUCCAAAAAUGGCUCGACAAAACUUUAAAUGACGGUGAUGUCUCUGAAAUUGAAUAUUCUUAUGAAAAUAGGCAAGAGGUUGGGAGAGGUGCAUUUGGCGUUGUUUAUUCGGCGUUAUAUGAUGGGAAAAAGUUUGCAUUGAAAAGUUUUACCGAUGGCGUAAUGAAUAAAGAAACAACUGACGGAAUAAAUAAAGAAGCAACCGACGGAAUGAAUAAAGAAGCAACAAAGGGAUUUAUCAAAGAGUUUAAAAACCUGCAUGCUAUUAAUUCACAUCCUAUUAAUUCACAUCCUAAUAUCAAUAAAUUCUAUGGAAUAACACGCGAUCCUGAAACAAACAAAUUCAUGCUGGUACUACAAUUUGCCAAUGGAGGGAACCUUCGGCAAUAUUUAAAGAAGAAAUGGAACAAUG